AACGUACAGUACGUCGUCCACGCCGCAGUCUCCCCACUAGCAACUGCAGUAGCAGAAACACAGUACGCCCAUUGCGACCUGAGCACCCCAGCUAGUACCGCCGAACAGCAGGAAAGGACCAUAAUGGCUCUAGCAUCUUCCCCACUGGAUCCUGAUUUAAUGAGGGAGGUCCUUGAAUGUCCUAUCUGCUUGGAAACCUACAACCAGGAACAGAUGAGACCCAAACUCCUGCAAUGUGGUCACACAGUGUGCCGGCAAUGUCUGGAGAAGCUGUUGGCCAAUACCAUUAAUGGCGUGCGGUGCCCCUUCUGUAGCAAGGUCUCCCGUAUGAGUAGCAUCUCUCAGCUGGCCGAUAAUCUCACUGUGCUCAAGAUCCUAGACUGCACUAUGUCUUGCAGCGCUGCUGCAUCUGCCCUGAUGUGCAAGUCCUGCUGCAGCCGUCUACCACGACAGUAUUGUCAUGACUGUGCCACUGUUCUCUGUGAGCUUUGCAAAGGCGAUGACCAUCUGCAUCAAGGUCAUUCAGUCCAGCUGAUUAGAAUGGCUGCUGAACGGAGGCGUAAAGAACUGGGUGGCAAACUGGCUGCUCUGCGAGAUAUUAUGGGUGAAAUUCAGAAGAAAAAGACGGUCAUUGAAAACAUUUCCAAGUCUUUGAAGUUUAAGUAUCGCACAGUGCAGCAGGAUUAUACUACAGCUGAGCUACGUCUGCAAGAGGAACUCAUCAGGUCUCGAAGAACAUUUACAGCUUCUUUGGCAGAGGUGGAAAAGCUCAAUGGACAGGUCCUAGAGGAGCAGACAUACCUGCUUAACAUUGCAGAGGUUAAAGUGGUGUCCCGCUGUGAUUACUUGACAAUGCGGGUGAGGCAGACUGAUAUCGCGUUGUUAAAGGAUGAUUGUGAAGGCAGUGAUGAUGAAGAGCUGGAUCUGAGGACCAGCUUGCCCACCACAUUUCAACUCCAAGAGCCAGAAUUAAUCAAAACGGAGAACUCUAAACCUGUGGAAGUUGGAGAAUUGACCACAAACACCUUUACUGUAAAUACAGACGAUGAGGAGAGUGGGUUGGAUUUAGCACUUGAGAGUAACAUAGAGGAUGUAGUUGGGGCUUUAGGGGCAACAGGUGGCCUAAUGGGGGCUCCAGUGGAUUUUUAUCGAGAUAUUGACAUGGUUGCUCCUGUAGACCAGACAGUUUGUGGUUCUCCAGGUAGCUUUAAAUCAAAGUCCAUGGAUGCAGGUGGGGGAUCACCUGGAGGAGCGGGGGCAAGUGUGGGGCCACUUGUAUGCCAGUUCGUGAAGAAGAUGGGCUGCAAGGGAUCGCUCCCUGGUAUGUUCAAUUUACCUGUCAGCAUCUGUGUAACACAACAAGGGGAGGUGUUGGUGGCGGACCGUGGCAACUACCGCAUCCAAAUCUUUAACCGCAAAGGUUUCCAGCGUGAAAUUCGACGCAAUGCCAGUAGCAUUGACAACUUUGUCUUGAGCUUCCUUGGGGCUGACUUGCCUAACCUCAUCCCAUUAUCCAUCGCUGUCACACCUCAAGGCCUGAUUGGGGUCACUGACAAUUAUGAUAACUCUGUUAAAGUCUACACUAUGGAUGGACAUUGUGUAGCUUGCCACAAGAACCAACUAAUUAAACCAUGGGGAAUUGCUGCCAUGCCAUCAGGUCAGUUUGUAGUGUCUGAUGUGGAAGGUGGAAAGUUAUGGUGUCUAGCGGUGGAUCGCAAUGUAGGUGUGGUCAGCUACAGCCGAUUGUGCUCUGCCGUGCGACCGAAAUUUGUGACAUGUGAUUCAGCUGGAACUGUGUAUUUCACCCAGGGUCUGGCCCUGAACUUUGAGAAACGCCAAAAUGAGCCCCACCUGGAGGGUGGCUUCUCCAUUGGUUCAGUAGGUACUGACGGUCAGCUAGGCAAACAGCUCAGUCAUUUCUUCUCAGAGGCCGAGGACUUCCGCUGUAUCACUGGCAUGUGUGUGGAUGCCAAUGGGGAUUUGCUGGUAACAGACAGUGGCAGGAAAGAAAUCCUCCAGUUUCCCAAAGAGGGCGGAUUCAAAAUUCUCAUCCAGGAAGGGUUGACAUGCCCCGUGGGAGUGGCCACCACCCAGAAAGGACAGCUGCUAGUCCUGGACUGUUGGGACCACUGUGUGAAAGUCUACACAUACAUACAGAGGAGGCACUCCUCCACUUCUUAAGGAGUCUAUCUGCACAUGGUCAUGGGAGGUGUAGUAGGUUUGUGUUGCUGGUUGGUGUGUAUGGAAAGUUGGAAAUGUUAAUGAUGUUAUUUAAGUUCUCACUUUAGCUUUCUUUAUUUCAUAAAUGAAAACUUAUGUUACUUUGACUUCAUUUAAAGUCUGGAUUUUCAUUUAAUACCUCAAAUAAAAACAGCUUCAGCUGCCUCCUACCUGGAUAUUUAAACUGAUCACAACACUAAUAUACAUCCAGAAGCAUAU